CCAACCACGUUGGUGACCUUGCUCUCUCCACUCCACCGCGGCCUUGAGGCUGAAUCAAUUAAGGUGUUGAAUGUUUGCUCGAACUUCAUAAAUACGCCACAACCCUGCAACGCAGCUUGAGCCUCUUCCUUUUCCCCGGGAGUAAUUCAGACAUUCCAUUGAUCUUGGCAGUGGUCUUCGCUUAAGCGCUCUAGACUGUCGUGGUUCCAAUAGUGAGCUAUAUAGUGCGCUCUACUCAGUAUGCCUCUUCUCUGAUUACUCCGUGGUGUCGAACAGGCACACGACAUUUUACAGGCAUGCCUCGUGGAACAACUUUGGCUUUCAUAGCCCUUCCUUUACUUGCGCUAUCACUUGCGUAUUAUGCACAAUCCUCUUCCUCGCUUCUUGGACCCGCACCUCACCUCGGAACUGGACUGCAGCUUUCACUAGCCUUGUCAGGUCUCAUCGGAUACGCACAAGCCGCCGUGCAAGCACCUUUCAGGUUCAAAACUGUGGAACAGCCUGCGCAAGCAGUCAUCGAUACUGAUGAGAACGAAUAUACACUCGAACCUCGUCCACGUUUCUCGCGCAAAAUUAUUGCUGUAGGCGACAUACAUGGUGACAUCGGGAACGCAGAGCGUAUUUUGCAAAUGGCCAGCGUCGUAGACGAGAACAAUAAUUGGAGCGGCAAAGUGGAUGUUCUUGUACAGACUGGUGACAUCAUUGACAGGGGUGACGAUACCAUUGAGUUGUUUAAUUGGAUGGAAGACCUUCGAGAGCAAGCCUUAGCCGUCAACGGCAUCGUGUUGUCCGUCCUCGGAAAUCAUGAGUAUAUGAACGCGAUAGGUGAUUGGCGUUACGUUUUGGAGUCGGAGAAGAAGACUUUUGAGCCUCGUUCCAGCCGCCUGGAAGCUGUUACGACUGGCUGGCUUGCGGAUGCAUGGGCAGAGAAUUACACUACCGCUGCACGACUCCCUCUUCACGGUUUACUUGGCCCUCCCAACACCGAUUACCCAGCACCAGAAGGAAGUGGAUUUGCACGUGUCAAUGCAGGACCUCUUUCGCAUGCCGCUUUCUCAUUUGUGCAUGGUGGUUUGGCUCCUACAUACCCCAAUCUUCAGCCGUUCCCGAGUGCCAUUAAUGACCUUGGAGCAUCGCUUUUGCACAGGCUGAGAGAGCGCAAGCCUCAGCCUCAGCCACACCCACCUAGUUCGUACCCUGGUCUUCCUGCAGGCACGACUCGCGAGGAAGCCCGCUUGUACGGUGGCGAUGGGCCGCUGUGGUACCGUGGCUGGGCUGAUGAGGAUGAAAAGAAGGCAUGCCGGAUGGUCGACGAGGUUCUCGAAAAGACGGGCACUCGCCGGAUGGUGAUGGGUCACACCCCGCAAUUUGAUGGUAUUGCAGCUAGGUGUGACGGGAAAGUGCUCAUCAUCGACACAGGUAUUUCGCAUGCUUAUGGCGGGCCCUUAUCGGCACUGUCAGUCGAGUAUACGUUGGAACCAGCCAAGGGUGGCGGAUGGAAAGAGCAGGAGAUCGUCAAGGCUUUAUACGCUGACAAUGAUGACGAGCUGCUUGCCGUCAGCACGCGGGACCUCGAGAGCCUCUGGUAGACCUCUACAAGGUCUCGCGACACUAUUUGAUGACCCCAACUGAAAACCUAUAGGGCGCAGAGGAUGGUAGUCAGACGUGAUAAAUUCUGGAACGUGCCAGGUGCGAUGAAUUAUGGUAUUGUAGGGUGUUUUUCGUUCAGAGAAUUUUAUGGAGAUUUAUCGUACAUAAUGUUUGUGCCAUGAGUCUGACGCAGCUGCCUAAUCGACUACGAGAAUCGUUCAGAAUCGAUUUUUCGUGACUUGCUCGUUACAGGCCAAGAUGAACGCUACUUUCAGAAUUCAGAUGAUCUGGUUUACUCCUUGAAUCUCGACAA